UCUCACCCGCAGCCCCUCCAUUGGACUUUGCUCUCUGACGUAUACAACUCCUCGAAGACAUGGCACUCCCGAUGCUAGCAGGUGGCGCUGAGUGCGGACCAUCCAACCCCUUACAGGGCCUCACGAAGAGAUUCGAUCAGGAUCGCGGUGUCCAGCAGGACUACUUCAACGCCCCGCGCGCAGGUUCUUCACGCGACGUCUUUCGCACCGUUCGCGGCGCCGCACCAGGCCUCGAGCAGGACGCAUCCCGAUUCUUCUCCCAGUCCCAGCAGGGUGGUGGCCCGGCGCCUGCGUUCGACGUGAAUGCGCUAAGGAACGCGCUUCCAGGGCCGGCUUCGGUGCCUGGGAUUCACUCUCCUAUCACGCAUGCACCGUCGCCUGUGGCCAUGGGCGGGGCACCCUGGGCCGCGGAUUUUAUGAGCACUUUGGCGGGGCCGAGUCAGGCGCCCGUGCAGCAGCAACAGCAGCAGCAGCAGCAGAUGCAAAGACAGGGGCAGCAGAGUGUGAUGAGCCCGGGCGUUCAAUCUCCUGGGAUCUGGAACAACUCGUACAUGAGCAUGGGCUACCAGCAGAUGGGCGGCAUGAUGAUGCCUAUGAACCAGCCGCAGACGCAGACGGCGAAGCCCGCGUUGCAGGCGGACCACAUAUCAUGGGACCACGAAUUUCAAUCCCAAGAAACCCUCCUCUCCUUCCAAAUGCCCUCCCAAUCCAUCAUCACCUCCUCCGGCGAGCCCUCCUUCGCGGAAAAGCUGCAGCAAAUUGAAGAAGCCACGUCCUCCAUGGAGUACACCCACACCGCGCGGCCUCCACCAGACGAAAUGGCGCGCAUCGCAGCCGAAGUGCUGCACACCGUGCAGAGCGAAGCGAACCCCAAGUUCAAGCAGAGCGCGUUCAUGGACCUCAUGCGCCAGCUGCGCGACGGCGAGGUCGUCGUCAGCGAAACCGGCGUCGAGGCUGCCACCGCCGACCGCCCUACGUCCGCGCACCACGCUGAUGUGAAGGGCAAAGGGCGCGCUGUCGAGCCCGUACCGCUCGCUGGGGUGGGGAUGUCGCGGCAGGGAGAGAACGUGAGUGGGCCGCUCAUGGGCCAGGCGGACGAGAGCAGGGCCGCUGUGGAUCCGAACGAUGCGUACUUUGCGCAGGAGAACGCCGAGUUCCAGCGGUACUGGGCCGCGCAGCGCCCGGGCGGUCCGCGUGCGCAUGAGGCACAGCAAGCAAAUGCGGACGCGAUGGGGUGGAGCCAGCUGGAGAGCUCAAUGGACGACUUUAUGGGCGACUGGCGCGCGAGCAAUGCUGCUGGUGCCGGUCGCAACGCUGAGGCCGCGGCGACGAGGAGGGCGAGCGAGGAGGGGAGGGCGAUGAGAGCGGAGAUGCUGGCGCGGAUGCGGGAGGAGGCGGACGGGAAGGCGUAUUACCGCUUUGUGGAGGAUAAUCUGUAUCUUGCGCGCGCGGCGCGCGAGGGGCUGGGGGAGAUGAUGCAGGGCCAGGCGAGGGGGAUGGAGGGGAUGAGCGCGGCGCAGCGGAUGCAUGAGAGCGUCCUCGCGCUUGAAGCAGCCGUCCAGCACGACCCGACGAACGCGCGGCUGUGGUACGCGCUCGGUGUGAAACAGCAGGAACACGAGCGCGAGGCGCCCGCUGUCGCCGCGCUCGCGCAGGCGGUGGCGCUUGAUCCGCGCUUCCGCGACGCGCACCUCGCGCUCGCCGUCUCGCACACGAACGACGGGAACCGCGCGGGCGCCUUCCGCGCUGUGCGGAGCUGGCUCACGGGGCACGAGGAGUACCGCAACGUUGCCGCGCGUGUUGGCGCGCGUAUGCGUAUGGGAGGGUCGCAGGUCCAGGGUAUGAGUGUUGGGGAGGUGGACGAUGUCGGGGCGCGGUUUAACACUGUAUGGGAUGGGAGUAUGGGUAUGGGUAUGGGAGGGGAGACGGGUGGGGUGGACGGUCGCGGGAUGGUUUCGGAGGGCGAGUUUCAGGCGCUCAUCGAGUUGCUCAUUGAGGUGGCGCGGAGCCCGCGGGAGCCCGGGGAGGUGGACGCGGAUGUGCAGGUUGCGCUCGCGAUUUUGUUGAAUACGACCGAGGACUAUGCGAAAGCGCAGGACUGUUUCCUCACGGCUUUGGCUGUACGGCCUGAUGACCCGCUGCUGUACAACCGCGUCGGCGCGACUAUGGCUAACAACGGGCAGGCCGAGGAGGCGCUGCAGUACUACUACAGAGCGCUUGAGCUCAAUCCCGCGUAUAUCCGUGCUCGAUUCAACCUCGGCAUCUCGUGCAUAAACCUCCGCCGCUACGAAGAGGCAGCCCAACAUGUGCUCGACGCGCUCGUCCUGCAGGAGAGCGAUGGCGGGGACGCGUACGACGGCCCCGCGGGCGGUGACAAGCGCGGCGUGACGAGCGGCGUGCUCUGGGAGAGCCUCAAGACGACGUGUCUGCAUCUGCAGCGCAUCGAUCUCGCGACGCUGUGUGAUCGGCGGGACCUGGAUGCGUUUCGCGGAGCGUUCUAUGAGGGCGCACACUAG